GGUUGGUUGGUUGCAUUCACAGGUGUAUACAUGCAAGCCAUCGGCCGAGCUCCUAGCAGUGCAGACAUAUCGUACGUAUAGUAAUACUACGGUGGUUAGCCUCUUCCCGAAUAUAUAAGCCUUGUGCUAUUUUUCGUCCUCUGGCUCUUAGGUUUUCUUACUUUGUAUCUUGUGCGGCCUUUCUUUAAGAGAAAAUAUUUUCCUGAUCCCAAAGCACGUGCAAUUCCUUGUCAUCUGCAUGACGAGUAAUAUGAAUCCUAACAGAAAACGCCAUAAUACUGUUGCAGAAAGGGAGGGACUUAUUCCGAGAAAGAAGGAAAGUUCUGAGAAAGUACCAGAUGAGAAGAGCUUAAAUGAGGAUAAUCUUCCUUUAGUAUUCAAGAGGGCUAGAGAUAACCAUCGAAAUGGCCGGGUAGAGAAAUUGCCAUGUAUGCGUUUGAGACGAUUCUGUUGUAGAUGUAAAAAGGAAGAGGGGGUCAGAAGCGAUUGGGGACGCUGUCGUGCAUGCGGCCACGAAAGUUGUCCAGAGUGUCUUGCAUAGCCGAGCCUUUACGCUACAGACUUUUAGGCUAGCCAGUACUAUUAUGCCUUUCAAGCAAUUGGUCAGCAGGUAUAAUGUAGGAUCGCACCAUUACACCUUCCAGGGACGCCACAGCUGUAGCGGGAGCAGAAUCCUAGUACACUAUACAAGCCUCUAGACGCUGCACACCUCACCUUCUCACUUUGUCGCCGCUUUCCCUGUAGAUCGCAAUAUUCCGUGGCUAAUUUCGUUCAAAUUUAGUUCGUUGCGUAGAACUCGGUCGUAUCGAUGUAACAUAGCAAGUGUUGAUCGCUGCAUAUCAUGUCCUUUUAUCUAACGAUUGAGAAAGAAAGUAGUG